GUGUGUGCAUGGGAGUGGGGGGAGGUUCUUUAUUGGCCUCGUCCUCCCUCUCUCCCUGCCUCCCCCCUUCUUCCACACUCCACCCAGAAAUGAUCCAGUGAAACUAGGAGGAGGUGAUUCUCCUCCUCCCUCCUGCUGCUGCUCCUGCUGGUCUGGAAGGGACUGCAGGAAUCUCUGCUGUGCUCUGCUCUGAGGCAGGGUCUGGGGAGGGGAGACCGUUCUGUGGAGGGAGGGGGCCGCUGUGGCCCGGGGUGCAGCUCUCCCGUGGGGGGCUCCUUGGUUCCCGACCAUGGGGAAGGACCAGGAACUGCUGGAAGCCGCUCGCACUGGGAAUGUGGCUCUGGUGGAGAAACUCCUCUCUGGGAGGAAAGGAGGGAUCCUGGGCAGUGGAUCUGGAGCUAUUCCCUUAUCCAGCUUAUUGAGCAUCUGGCGAGGACCAAACAUAAACUGCACUGACAGUUCAGGUUAUACUGCUUUACAUCAUGCAGCUUUAAAUGGACACAAGGAUAUAGUUCUCAAAUUACUUCAGUAUGAAGCAUCAACUAAUGUAGCAGAUAAUAAAGGUUACUUUCCUAUUCACUUGGCUGCCUGGAGAGGAGAUGUAGAUAUUGUGAAGAUUCUCAUCCAUCAUGGACCAUCACACUCCAGAGUGAAUGAACAGACAGAAAAAGGGAGUGCCCUGCAUGAAGCAGCCCUAUUUGGAAAGGUGGAGGUAGUACGCAUUUUGCUUGAAACAGGAAUUGAUACCAACAUAAAGGACAGUUUGGGUAGAACAGUUUUGGAUAUACUUAAAGAACAUCCAUCUCAGCAGUCUCUCCAAAUUGCAGCUCUACUUCAAGAAUACAUGGAAACAGGAAAUGCAAGUAUUUCAGAGGAACGCCCACUGGAAUGUGCAGAACAUCAGUCUUGUGUUUUGUCCCCAGAAGUUCCUCCAUCUCCAAAGGCUAAAAGUGAAGCUGUGACUGGAGAAUUAUCAAAGCUCUUAGAUGAAAUCAAAUUGUGCCAAGAAAAGGAAUACUCUUUUGAAGAUCUGUCUCAUACACUAUCAGACCAUUAUCUGGAAAAUUUUAGUAAAGUAUCAGAGGAAGAUCUUAUGACCAGUGGAAGCCAAACCAAGCUUAAUGUAAGGCCUUCUUCAAUGCGUUUAUCACCAAGGGAGGAAGAAGAUGAUGAUGCAGCUGAAAAUACUUGUGGACCUUCUGGCUUAUGGGAGGCACUGACACCUUGUAAUGGAUGCAGGAACCUCGGGUUUCCCAUGCUUGCACAGGAAUCUUAUUCAAAGAAGAGAGGUUAUGCAUUGGAAGCAGUACCCUCUGUACCUCUGGAUGCAGUUCCUUCAGAAAAUAACAGCAGUCUUUGUGAUUCGAUAGACAUAGCAGUCACCAAAAAGCCUUGUUCUCUAGAGAUAGCAAGAGUUCCUUCCUCAAGACCAGAUAAUGCACCCCAGGUAGCAAUUACCGCACCAGGAUCUGGUAACCAUAGAAACAGCUCUACAGGCCCAACACCUGACUGCUCUCCUCCAUCACCAGACACUGCACUUAAAAACAUAGUGAAAGUCAUACGUCCUCAGCCAAAGCAACGUACAUCCAUAGUAUCUUCUCUGGAAUUUCACCGAAUGAAUCACAGCCACAAUUAUUUUGAAAUCAACCCAUCCAUUGGCUGUGCAAGUUUUAUUUCUACUCCUGCAAUCAGUCCAGCUAAUUAUUCCUUUGGAUCUCUGGAAUACAGUCUUGAAGAGAAAGAACUUCCAGAGCAACGUAGCCAGGGUGAAGCAUCCACUGAAAGUGAGCUUCCUGAAGGACACCCUGCUGAGCAGUUUGCAGGUUUACUUCAUGGAUCAUCACCUGCAUGUGACCCACCUGAAAAUCCUCUCCAGCUGUACAGCAAAGUAAACCUGUGCAGCGGGCCACUGGAGAAAAGCAUUUUGAGCAAGAGCGCAGCGCAGCAGAUACAGUUACGGAAAGAAAGCAGCUCUGAUCCUCCUGUUAAGAAAAAAAAGCCACCAAUUGUAAACAGAACCAUAUUUCAUACUAAAAAUAAACCAGCAGAAAAUCAUACCCUGGUUGGUGCGCCAAGGAUAAGUGAACAAUGGGUUAUUACCACUGGGGGAUUUGUGGAGAGAGCGUGCACGCUGGGCAGAAUACGAUCCUUACCAAAGACCUUGCUGGAAAUGCACUUGUGCAAAAAUGUUUCAAAGUCGGAUUCUAAUCUUAUCACCCAUCCACCAAAUGAUAAAAAAGCGAGAAGCAAUUGGAGUGAACCCACACCAAAGCCACAGUGCUCCAAAGGGAAUUCAGAGAGAACACCUUCCUUCACAUCAGAAUGGGAAGAAAUUGAUAAAAUCAUGAGUUCAAUAGAUGCUGGAAUUAAUACUGGACUGGGUGAGAUGAAAGAUCACGCUACAAGACCCCGAUGCCCUGUCCAGACAGUGGGACAAUGGUUGGAAAAUAUUGGGCUACCUCAGUAUGAAAACCACUUGCUGGCUAAUGGAUUUGACAAUGUGCAAUUCAUGGGAAGCAACGUGAUGGAGGACCAGGAUCUCUUGGAAAUAGGAAUCCUUAACUCUGGGCACAGACAGAGAAUACUCCAAGCAAUCCAGCUUCUCCCAAAGAUGAAGCAGAUCGGUCACGAUGGUUACAACCCCUCCUCUGUAGCUGAAUGGCUGGAUUCCAUUGAACUGGGUGACUAUACCAAAUCCUUUCUAAUUAAUGGCUAUACAUCGAUGGACCUUGUGAAAAAAAUAUGGGAGAUUGAAUUAAUUAAUGUCUUAAAAAUUAGCUUGAUUGGCCACCGGAAGCGUGUUCUGGCAUCUCUGGGAGACAGGCUUCACGAAGAUCCUCCUCAGAAACCACCUCGGUCAAUAACCCUCAGGGAACCCAGUGGUAACCACACUCCUCCUCAGUUGUCUCCAUCACUUAGCCAAAGCACUUUCACUACUGGUGGCUCCCUGGACGUUCCCCACAUUAUCAUGCAGGGCGAUGCAAGGAGAAGAAGAAAUGAAAACUAUUUUGAUGACAUUCCCCGCUCAAAGCUGGAGAGGCAGAUGGCACAGCAGUCUUCGGUCUGUGAGAUCUGGACCAACCAGAAUGCAGGAUAUCCUUUCUCAUCGAUUCAUCAGGUUCAUAAUACAGGAGACUGGGGAGAGCCUUCAAUUACCUUGAGACCUCCAAAUGAAGCCACAGCAUCAACGCCUGUACAGUAUUGGCAACAUCAUCCAGAGAAACUCAUCUUCCAGUCAUGCGAUUAUAAAGCAUUUUAUUUAGGUUCUAUGCUGGUAAAAGAGUUGAGAGGCACAGAGUCAACACAGGAUGCAUGUGCAAAGAUGAGGAAGUCUACAGAACAGAUGAAGAAAGUACCAACCAUUGUCCUGUCUGUUUCUUACAAGGGAGUCAAAUUUAUUGAUGCCACAAAUAAGAAUAUUAUUGCUGAACAUGAAAUCCGCAACAUUUCCUGUGCUGCACAAGACCCCGAAGACCUUUCUACAUUUGCGUACAUCACUAAAGACUUGAAGACGAAUCACCACUACUGCCACGUAUUCACUGCAUUUGAUGUGGUCAGUUGACAGAAGAUACUUCAUUUAAUAGUUCUUUCCAUUAGCAAUAGUUACUUAAUUCUGUUAAAACAUUUUCAGGCUAUAUUAAUGGUGAUUAAUGGAAGGCAUCAUUAAUUUACCCCAGGAAAAGACUGCUAUGGGAUAGCAAAAGGACAUUUCUGGAGAAGAGCAAGGAUUUUCUUUGAUAUCUCAUUUGCCAUCGGAAAUAACUCUGUCACCUCAGCUGUUGACUGUAAACUGAGCGAGUAGCUUUUCAUACAAGUCUGGACAUGUAAUUCUUAUAACCUAAGCUAUAAGCCUAAGCCUUCCAAAAGUUUGUAACAAGUACGUUUGGCCAGCCAUUCUGAAAUCUCAGCACUCACCAAAAGACUGCUUUUAUUCUGAAAGUAGCAAAUUAAUUAUUUAAUUAUUAUUUCCUUGUUCUGUAAUUACUACCUACAUAUCUCAAAAUGGUACUUCAGCAAAAGUCCUUGGAGCUCCUAUUAUAUUGGUGGAAAAUUAGUAAUUUCUUCCUAUACUUAUACUUUCAGGUGGGGAUGUGCAAACUAUUAUGGUUUCAAGAAAUCAUGAACAUGUAUCAAUUAAUCAGUCAUGUAACUUUCAGCUAAAUUUGGUGAACUAAGUAGUGGCUGAAGUUUUUAUGACUAAGACUUAUAGUCCAAAACUUUCAAAAAAACUCACUCUUUGACUUGUGCAGAAGAGAAAUUUAAGGUGCUAUUAAAACUUAAAAAUCAUUCAAGAAAAAACAUUGUAAUAGAGUAUAAUGUGUAUGAAUUCUUGAAACAUGUUCACGUGAAUAUAAGUAAGUUAAAUCAAAAGAACAGGGUACCUGAACUACAGCUUUUUAUUUGAAACUGGGGAAACGGUUAACAUGCACAGCAAUAGUGUGUGGGAGAAUUUAAAUAACAAGAUGUACAGGUAGGUUAGAGGAAUUUUAGCAUUUUGGUUGAGUACUUUUGUUAUUUAAAUUCUCUGCUGACAUUUUAGUAUCCACAGGGAGUAGAAAAACUUUGAAAUUGUGUUAAAAAUAGAUAGACAAUGAUCAACAAGAUGCUACAUUAUAUAGGCUUUAGUGAUGUGUGAACAACUGAAAUUAGACUGAUUGAGUGAGGUUAUUAUUUCUCCUAGUCCAUUUAAAUUCUACUUAAUGGUUUUGAAGUACUGCAGUUUCAAUUAUAGGUUUAGUAAUCAAGCAGAAACAUAGACUCAGGUAUUGCAGACGAAAGUUAUCUCCUUUCUUGGCAAGGGAAGAAAAGUGAUCCAGGGAUAAUUACAUUUUGCCCACUUCCUGUACCUUCGGAGGAGAAUUUAAUAUCCCAAGCACUUUAAAUGGCUAUUUUAAGCAAUACGGAAACUUUAACUGUCUUAACUGAGUUUUCUCCUACAAUCUAAUCCUCAGUUGGGUGUUAUAUACUCAAAUGUCCUCUUUUUGUGUUUUACUUCUCAGGAACUAACAUUUUUGAUGCAAGUACAAGCUCUAUAAAAAUUAGCUAGAUGUUCAGAAUGCAAACAUACCAUGAAUUAAAUUUUCUAUUUAAAGCCUAA